GUUGGACCGAAGUAUUAUGAACUCUGUUCGAAUCGUUACAUUAUUCUUAGAUUUGACUCCAUUUUUCAUAAAUAUACUCAUAAUUCUAAACACUGGCAUAGAAGAGAUUUCCAUCAAAGACCUCAGAUUACCUUUCUUCUUUCUAUAUCCACAAGGCUACGAUAAAAUGCCAGUUUUCCUGUUCAUGUAUGCAGUGGACUCCCUAUUCAUCUAUUUCAUCUACAUAUUCUCAUACUGUGCUUUGGCCACUGUCACAUUGGGUGCUCAGAAAACUGCUACCGACUUGGAGAUUAUUCGCAGAUGUUUGAGAUGCUUCUCGAAUGGUGAAGUUCAUCCAACAUGGACAGACAAUGAUGCCGAUCAAGGGAAGAGACUCGAACAUUUUGGGCGAAAAAUUGAUAAAACUUAUGAGAGACGGACAAAUAACGAUAUAGAUAUUGAAUAUCUUUCCACGGUCAUAAAGUAUCAUCAAAUGAUAUGUAGACAAGUGAGAGUUUUAGAAGGAAAUGGAGGGUUUGUUACAACCUUGGCUAACAUUUGCAUUGGGCUACAAACAAGUGUCUGCCUGUUUCUUUUUAUAGAGACCAACAACGUUAUUAUGAAAACAGCAUGCGCUUCAAUGAUAUUCUUCAAUGGCCUUCUCUUGUUUUUCUAUUGUAGCAGCGGCCAAAAAAUCAUAGAUGAGAAUGAACUGUUGAGGAAGCAGUUGGCUGAAGUGGUGUGGUGGGAUAAGCCACGCAAGUUCCAAACCUCUCUGCUUCUAGUGAUGACUCGAGCUAAUCAUGAUCUUUAUGUCAAACCUUAUGGCAUCUAUGUGCUCAAUUACAACGUUUUUCGCAAUGUUUUGAAUGCAUCAUACUCAUACUUGAACAUGAUCAGAGCUCUAAAAUGAAAUGAUUUGUCCAAUGGUGUGAGUUAUGAAUAAAUCCUCUUAUGUGUACAAUAACCAGGAAGUACAGCAACGAUUGAUUUAAAACUUGAAGGCCGAUCAAUCAUAAUAUGAAAGUAUGGAAUAUAGGCUACUUUGCAGAGCAAAGAGCUUGGUAUAAAAAUAAAAUGAAUUUUGAAAAUAA